CGGUAAAUAUCUAGUUCGCGCUCGUUGCCAAGCGCGUCGCCACAGUCAACGCGCAUGGAGCAUGCUUCCAGAAAUUUGUAUUAGAAUUGUCACUCUGUUAAUGUCUUCUCUCUGCUGACCACAAACAAACAUAUAAAGUGUUCUGUGCAAACAUGGUAGAUUUUAGUUAAUGUAACGACUAAUCUUCUCGAAAAAGUGACAUGAUAUUAGAAUUAUGAUGCUGGUGUUAAAUAUUUGUUUAAUUUUAUUAACGUCUACAAAAUUAGUUUUAGCAGAUUACUAUAGUGAUUAUGAAUGCAACACACCCUUAUUUUCAAGGGCAGCUCUUAGUGCUACAUCUUCUAUGAAUGAAAGAGGCCCCAAAGAAGCAGUUUUAUAUGGUGCCAACGCAUGGAGCGCCCGAGAAUCAGAUUUCGAGCAAUAUUUCAUCUUCGAUUUGGGCCAGCCGAUGAACAUCACCAGGAUAUGGACGCAGGGCAGGCCUUUCAGCAACGAGUUCGUCAUGGAAUAUCGAAUCAGUUUCGGUAGCAACGGCCUGGACUAUUCCCCAUAUAGAGAGGCAGGGGGAGAAGCUAUGAUGUUCGCCGCAAAUGUAGACGGUGAUACAGUCCAUAAAAAUGAAUUUGAUGUCCCCAUUAUUGCCCAAUGGAUAAGGAUAAAUCCUACCAGAUGGCGUGACCGAAUAUCCUUGAGAGUAGAACUUUUUGGCUGUGAAUACGAGGCUGACAACAUGCACUUCAAUGGCACCUCAUUAUUAAAGUACGAUUUGUUUAGAGAUCAAGUUUCUGCGUUAAAAGAAAGCAUUAAGUUCCGUUUCAAGACUAUAGCCCCAAAUGGGAUCCUAUUUUACAGCAGAGGCACUCAAGGAGAUUACAUUGCACUGCAGUUGCGCGAUAAUAGAAUGCUGUUAAACAUUGAUUUAGGUUCUGGUGUAGUUACUAGCCUUUCGGUAGGUAGCUUACUGGAUGACAAUAUUUGGCAUGACGUUGUUAUAUCGAGAAAUAGAAGAGACAUCUUAUUUUCCGUUGAUAGAGUAGUAGUUUAUGAAAAAAUUAAAGGUGAAUUCCAAAGGUUAAACUUAAACAGAGAGUUUUAUGUCGGCGGCGUUCCAAAUAUACAAGAAGGGUUGGUUGUUGUACAAAAUUACACAGGAUGUAUGGAAAACUUUUACAUAAAUUCUACGAAUCUUUUCAAAGAGGCUAAAGAAGCUGUUAACUACGGAGACAGCUUUAAAUAUGAACGAGUCCAUACUCUCUGGAAUUGUCCUGAACCUCAAAUAGUUCCAGUGACAUUCAAAACGCAACAUUCCUUUGCUAGAUUGAAGGGCUAUGAAGGAAUGGCAGCUAUGAAUUCUUCUUUCGCUUUUAGGACUUUUGAAGAUAACGGCCUCAUGUUAUAUCAUGCUUUUUCGACUAGUGGAUAUGUAGCUAUCUAUUUAGAAUUCGGCAAACUUAAAGUGGAAUUAGUUUCUCCUAACAAUCCGAAAGUUAUUUUCGACAACUUCGAUGAGCAAUUCAACGAUGGUCGAUGGCACUCCGUUGUUUUAACAAUUCAAACAAAUAAAAUCAUAUUCAGCGUCGAUUAUAGACCAAUGACAACCACGCGUAUAUUGAAAAUAGUUACAGGAUCGCUCUACUUUAUUGCAGGAGGGGUUACCGCACCUCUGGGUUAUUCUAAUACUAUUUUCCCUGGUUUUGUGGGUUGUAUGAGGAAUAUAAGGAUCGAUGGUAACAGCAAAUUGCCGACGGAUUGGACCAAAGAGGAGUAUUGUUGUGGAGAAGAAGUCGUUUUUGAUGCUUGCCACAUGACCGACAAAUGCAAUCCCAAUCCCUGUCAACAUGGAGGAGUCUGCAAGCAGAAUUCGAUGGAAUUUUUCUGCCUUUGUAAGAACACUGGCUAUAGUGGCGCUGUAUGCCACAGUUCAAUCAACCCUCUCUCUUGCGUGGCUUUCAAGAACGUCCAAGCCGUAGGACAACGCGCUGAAAUCAAAAUAGAUGUUGACGGUAGCGGACCUUUGGCUCCGUUCCCAGUAACUUGUGAAUUUUACGCAAACGGUAAAGUAGGCACGGUCUUACAUCACAGCAACGAAGAAACUACGCCGGUAGACGGGUUCCAGGAGCCGGGUAGUUUUAUACAGGAUAUUCAUUACGAAGCCGAUGAUGAUCAAAUUGCUGCUUUAAUUAAUCGGUCUACUAGUUGUAGACAGCACAUACAGUAUGCUUGUAGGGGUGCCCGAUUGAUGAACUCUCCCUCGGAAGAAAACAUGUUUCAGCCUUUCUCUUGGUGGGUUUCCAGACACAAUCAAAAAAUGGAUUAUUGGGGAGGCGCUCUCCCCGGAUCUAGAAAAUGCGAAUGCGGUAUUCUGGGCACUUGCACCGAUCCCACCAAAUGGUGCAACUGUGAUGGACAAGGUCCAAUCAAUGCUGACAUUUGGCUGGUUGAUGCAGGUGAUCUGCAAGAUAAAGAAAGCCUGCCUGUCAAACAGCUGCGAUUCGGAGACACCGGUAACGCUCUGGACGAAAGAGAAGGACGUUACACUCUAGGACCUGUCAUUUGCGAAGGUGAUGAUUUGUUUAAUAACGUUGUAACCUUCCGUGUGGCAGACGCCACUAUCAAUCUGCCCACAUUCGAUAUGGGUCACAGCGGCGACAUAUAUUUCGAGUUCAGAACGGCUACAGCAAAUGCGGUCCUCUUCCAUUCUACAGGUCCAACUGAUUAUAUAAAGCUGUCCAUCGUUAACGGCAAUCAGCUGCAAUUCCAAUACCAAGCGGGUUCGGGACCCAUUGCCGUAAUCAGAGAAGUUUCAUAUAGACUAAAUGACGACCAUUGGCAUUCUGUGUCUGUAGAAAGGAACAGGAAAGAAGCCAUGUUGGUUAUAGAUGGCGCGUUGAAAGCUGAAGUUAGAGAACCACCGGGACCUGUCAGAGCGUUACAUUUAACUUCAGAACUUAUUAUUGGUGCUUCGAUCGAUUUCAGAGAUGGUUUUACUGGUAAGUAUUUUACUUAA